GACAGAAGCACACAUAUGCACACGAAAAUUGGGCUUACGCCCAGAAAAAGAGCCUCGAGACCCGGCCCAUGAAGAGAAGAAGACUAGAAGAGGAACUCUUACCUAAACCCUCGUCAUUCACGGUCUCCUCUCCCAAUUAUUUGAUAUUUGUUUUCAUUUUGUAAAGCAAUUUUAGCAAGAUGUCUCUGAGGCCAAGUGCUAGAACGGAGGUUCGUAGGAACCGAUACAAGGUUGCCGUCGACGCCGAAGAAGGCCGCCGCCGCCGAGAGGACAAUAUGGUUGAGAUUCGGAAGAGCAAGAGAGAAGAGAGCUUGCUUAAGAAGCGUCGUGAAGGUCUUCAAGCCCAACAACAACAGUUCCCUUCCAAUCUUCAAACUUCCACCGUUGAAAAGAAGUUGGAAAGUCUUCCAUCAAUGGUUGCUGGUGUUUGGUCAACUGAUAACAAUUUGCAGCUGGAGGCGACCACCCAAUUCCGUAAAUUGCUUUCUAUCGAAAGGAGUCCUCCUAUUGAGGAAGUUAUACAAUCUGGUGUUGUGCCUCGAUUUGUUGAGUUUCUAUUGAGGGAAGAUUUUCCGCAGCUCCAGUUUGAAGCUGCUUGGGCGCUCACAAACAUCGCUUCUGGCACCUCGGAGAAUACCAGAGUGGUGAUUGACCAUGGUGCUGUGCCAAUUUUUGUAAAGCUUUUGGGUUCUCCAAGCGAUGAUGUUCGUGAGCAGGCUGUGUGGGCACUGGGAAAUGUUGCUGGUGACUCUCCUAGGUGCCGUGAUCUUGUUCUUAGUAAUGGGGCGUUGAUUCCUUUGCUGGCUCAGUUGAAUGAGCAUGCCAAGCUUUCAAUGCUGAGAAAUGCCACUUGGACUUUGUCAAACUUUUGUAGAGGCAAGCCACAACCUCCAUUUGAGCAGGUGAGACCAGCACUCUCAGCUCUUCAGCGGCUUGUUCAUUCAACUGAUGAAGAGGUGCUAACAGAUGCAUGUUGGGCACUUUCUUACCUUUCCGAUGGUACAAAUGACAAAAUUCAAGCUGUCAUUGAAGCGGGUGUCUGUCCACGGCUGGUUGAGCUCCUCGUGCAUCCGUCUCCUUCAGUACUCAUCCCUGCCCUCCGUACAGUAGGAAAUAUUGUUACAGGAGAUGACCUCCAGACUCAGUGCAUUAUUGAACAUGGUGCCCUUCCUUGCCUGCUGAGCUUGUUAACACACAAUCACAAGAAGAGCAUCAAGAAAGAGGCCUGCUGGACUAUAUCAAAUAUUACUGCUGGGAACAAGGAACAGAUACAGGCUGUAAUUGCGGCUGGAUUAAUUAGUCCUCUGGUCAAUUUGCUUCAGAGUGCAGAAUUUGAUAUAAAAAAAGAGGCUGCCUGGGCUAUUUCAAAUGCUACUUCCGGUGGGACUCAUGAGCAGAUCAAGUUCUUGGUGAGUCAGAACUGCAUAAAGCCUCUGUGUGAUUUGCUUGUGUGCCCCGACCCAAGGAUUGUCACCGUCUGUCUAGAAGGAUUAGAAAACAUAUUGAAGGUUGGGGAAGCAGAAAAAGCCAACACUGGAGGCAUUAAUUACUAUGCUCAGCUGACCGAUGAUGCUGAGGGAUUGGAAAAGAUUGAAAACCUUCAGAGUCAUGAUAACAAUGAAAUAUAUGAGAAGGCUGUUAAAAUACUGGAGACAUACUGGUUGGAGGAGGAGGAUGAAACAUUGCCGGCAGGUGAUGGAACACAAAACGAGUUCAAUUUUGGUGGAAAUGAUAUUCAGCUUCCAUCUGGUGGAUUCCAGUUUGGUUGAAACCUAUUACAUAUCCAUUCACCAAUUUCUCCCUUAACAGGCUGUGUAUGGUGGAUGAGAAGUGCAGUUUGAAAGAUGACAUGUUGGUGCUGGUGUCAUGUCAAGUCGAGUCAGAUCACCCUCCCUGAGUCUGGUCAGUUCGGGUCAAGAGUCAGUCGUGGUUGAGGAGGUGCCGAAAGGGAGUCUUCCAAACGACGGUCGUAAAUAAGACUGCGUGAAGUCUCUUAAGAGGUAAAAGCAGUGGCAUCUUGGGAAUUUCAUACACGAUUCCUGUGCAUGCUUGUAGUGUUUGGUGAUAAGUAUUGAGAGUUGGUAUUAUCAGUCAUUUCAGAGUGCGGAGUCCUUUUUCCCAUUAGCACAUGAGAUGUAUCUUCAGUCUAUCUGAAAGAGUCGGUCCAUAUUACUUUCGAGUUGCCGAGUGAAUGUGUAUACUUUUGAGUCAUUUCUUAUAAAAUAUUGCUAUUGGACA